AUGAGUGAGGAAGCAGCCAAUCCUGAGGAAGCGCACGUUGAUAAUACCAAUACCCAACCUCACGACGAGUCAUCUGUGCCGGAGCAAGAGGGAGAUAACUUGGGACACAAUAAUGAUGACGAUAAGGAAGAAGAAGCGGAAUUUGAGGACGUCAACUUAGAUGAGGAAGCAGAGGAUGACGAAGGCGAGGACGAAGACGAUGACGACGAUGACGACGAUGAAGCACUUCGUGGACGAAAGAAAAGAAGAGGUAACCAGUUCCUCGAUGUUGAGGCCGAAGUUGAUGAUGAUGAAGAGGAAGAGGAGGAUGACGAAGAUGCCGAGAUACUCCGUAAUGAGUUCUUAGCAGACGACCAGGCACACGAUGAAACCGGUAUAGUUAGCGACCGAUUACACAGAAAGUUGGAUCGCUCGAGAGAAAAGCUUGACGAACAGGAUGCACAGGCUUUGGCAGACCAGUUCAAGGCGAGGUACGGCCGUUCUGCUUCAUCUCGUUAUAUGGGAUCAACCACCAACGUCUCUCAGCGUCUGUUGCUGCCAUCUGUUGAUGACCCUCUGAUCUGGGGUAUUCGUGUCAGAAAUGGAUUGGAGAAAGAGCUGGUCAAACAAAUAUAUGCUCGUAUGCUGAACAAGAGAUACACGGACGUUUUCAGUGCUUUCCAAAGAGACAACUUCAGCGGUUACGUUUACAUUGAAGCUCGCAGACUGGACGCAGUUAAUCAAAUCAUCCAAGGCUUGCCUGGCAUGUACGCAAACAACAAGGUUCUCGUUCCAAUUGAGGAGUAUCCAGACUUGCUUCGUCCCGGAAGAUCAAAUGAAGUUCAGCUGCAGCCGGGAUCGUACGUGCGUAUCAAGGUUGGAAAGUAUAAGGGGGAUCUAGGAAUUGUCGACAAUUUGGCAGAAAACGAUUUGGAAGUGCGAGUCAAAUUAGUUCCAAGACUGGAUUACGGUAAAUCCCAAGGCACUCUGGAUUCUGGAAAGGGGAGACGUGGCCCGGCAAGCUCAAAAUUCAGGCCUCCACAGAGACUCUUUUCUGAGAUUGAGGCCAGCCAGAACGAUCCAGAACACCUAUCUACUGCGAGAAGAGAAAGAGGCUACUACAUUUACCGAAAUGAGGAGUUCAUUGAUGGGUUCUUGUAUAAAGACGUCAAGAUUCAACAAGUUGAAACCAGAAAUGUCAAGCCAACUCUGCAUGAGCUGACGCUUUUCAACUCUGGAAGCAGUUCAGAGGGCAUUGAUUUGCAAUCAAUCGCGUCCUCUUUGAAGGAUGCUAGUAAUAAGGCUAUUGUGUUUCAACCUGAUGACAGAGUGGAGAUUGUUAGUGGUGAGCAAGCUAAAAUGAAGGGUAAGGUGGUUUCUGCGCCAGAGGCCAAGAUUGCUCGAGUUCAACUGGAAGGCAACGACGACCCAGAGGUGAAUAACUCCAUUGUGGAGGUGCCAACAUCUACGCUCAGAAAGAUUUUCCUUCCUGGUGAUCACGUGACCGUGAUCUACGGUGUGCAUUCGAAUGAGAGCGGACUCAUCGUGAAAGUUGAGGAGAAUCAAGUUACACUUGUUUCAGACCAGACCAAGAGAGAUAUCACUGUGUUCCCUAAUUAUCUGAUGAAGUCCAUCGAUUCCUCUACCAACUCGACGCAAACUGGAGCUUUUGAGCUGUUCCAACUAGUUAAGCUCAACUCGCAAUCUGUGGGAAUGGUUAUUCGAACAGAGAAAGAAGUGUUUACGGUGCUGUGCACUGACGGACGGGUGGUGAAGGUGGAACCCAAGGCCAUUCAAUCUCCAUUGGAACUAAAUAAGAUGACUGAGAAAACGACCGACAGAAACGGUCUUGAGAUCGCCGUCGGAGACAUUGUCAAAGAAGUCUCGGGCGAGAGAAGAGAGGGAAACAUUGUGCAUAUUUACCUUUCGCAUCUUUUCUUGAAGUCCAAGAACAUUACUGAAAAUAAUGGUAUCAUAGUGGUUGAUGCCACCGAAGUUCAAACGGUGUCCAACAAGGGCUCUAUUUUGUCAACAUUCAAAGCCCCAGAUCUCAAUAAGAUGAACCCAGACCGUCUGAUGCCUCCUCCAGCAGCACCAAUAGUUGCUGCCAAGUUUGGUGGCCGCGACAUUACCCUUAACCAGAAUGUCAGUGUCAGAAAGGGGCCUUACAAGGGUAAGAAGGGUAUCGUGAAAGAUGCAAACGGAGAAGUUGCUCGUGUGGAGAUGCACAAUCCGGCCAAAAUCAUCCCAAUAAACAAAUCUGAUUUGCUUUUUGAGACUCGUCCGGGACAAUUCGUGCCGUACGAACAGUACUUGGAAAAUUACAGGGGCAGACGUCCAGGCGCAGCAUUUUCAUCUGGAGGUAAUCCAAAUGGUGGUCCACUUCGCGGUAGCGGUCCUGAUCUGGGCCCUGGAGGCGGAAGAACUCCAGCUUGGGGUAGUGGCGGCAAGACUCCGGCCUGGGGUAGCGGCGGUAAAACUCCAGCUUGGGGUAGCGGAGGAAAAACACCUGCUUGGGGUAGCGGAGGAAAAACGCCUGCUUGGAACUCGGGAGGCAAAACACCUGCUUGGGGUUCCGGAGGAAAGACCCCAGUCUGGAACUCAGGAGGGAAGACACCUGCUUGGAACUCGGGAGGCAAGACUCCGGCCUGGAAUUCUGGAGGCAAGACGCCAGCAUGGAACAGUGGAGGCAAAACCCCUGCUUGGAACGAUGGUUCUGGCUCUGUGUGGGGAGGACGGUCUGCUUGGCAGCCUGACGCGGAGACUCCUCGUGAAAACGAAUGGGGCGUUUCUCCUGCAGUGGGGGACUGGACGGCUCCUACUCCUGCCAAAGAUGACGACGACUACCAUCCCGAGUAA